AUGGCCGGUUUGAGUUUGCUGACCCUGGGGUUUUCAUUCAGUCUCAAUCCGGCAACUGUCAACGCCGAGUGCGUAACGGCCUACAAUGACCUUAAGCUCAACAAGAAGUACAAAUACGUGAUCUUCAAGCUGUCGGACGACAACAGGGAGAUCGUUGUUGAGAGCACCAGCGAGGACGCCCCCGAGUAUGACGACUUCCGCAACAAGCUCAUCAACGCCACCUCCAAGAGCAAGACUGGUGCCACGGGCAAGGGUCCCCGCUAUGCCGUUUACGACGUCGAAUACCAGCUCGCAUCUGGCGAGGGCACCCGGAACAAGAUCACCUUCAUUGCCUGGUCGCCGGAUGACGCCGGUAUCAUGGCCAAGAUGGUGUACGCCUCCUCCAAGGAGGCGCUGAAGCGUGCCCUCCCCGGCGUCGCCGUCGAAGUGCAGGCCAACGACCCCGACGACAUCGAGUACGAGUCGCUGGUGAGGACUGUCAGCAAGGGCACCGCUUCCGUAUAA